AUUCAGUCCGCCGGAGCUCUGCCGACUGGAGGGAUGUGACCCCGGAACAGGACGCCCUCCUACAACAACACACCAUUCAAACUGAGCACAGAAGAAAGAAAAGCUGGACCAGGAGGGAGCCACAGGAGCAGGGGGGAUGAACCGCGAGGAGGCCCCGGGGAAGUCUCCUGAAGACAUGUACAUCCAACAGAAAGUGCGGGUCCUGCUCAUGCUUAAGAAAAUGGGAUCAAAUCUCACGCCCAGUGAAGAGGCUUUUCUCCGGAAUUACGCAGGUGUGGUCCACAGUCAGAUGAGCCAGCUACCACAGCACAAUAUAGACCAGGGUGCAGAGGACGUGGUGAUGGCGUUCUCACGGUCAGAGACGGAGGAUCGGCGACAGUGACCCUGGGCCCCCUAUUCCACCCCACUGCAUCCCUCCCCGCCCCCAUCCCGCCCCGCACGUGAUCCACAACAACCCAAACUCCCACAAACACGACACUGAUGAGCUCAGGAGAGGAGGGGCGCCGGGAGGGACCGAAGAGGAGGGGAAGAGACACCAGGAGGUGGCUGCCUCGCUGCCCCCCCACCCAGCCUCUUCCAUCCCCGACUCCUCCUCACACAAGCUGGCACACCGUCACCUGAGAUGCACUCAAGUGCUUCACUGUGGGUUGAAGCCUCAGCAACAAGGCAGUCAGUGAAAACACUCACAGAUUGUGUGGAUGAAUAUCAGAUGUAGUUUCUUUUUUUUUUUUUUUGUGGGUGGGUUGGUUUUGUUUUGUAUUAUUUCGUCUGUGUUGAGACUUUAGGCAGUGUUAUGUGUCAUAUCUGCUGUGGUCACUGGAGGAAGUGACCAGUCAGCAGCUGAUUGAAGCAAAGAGAAAUAUAGUUUUGGUCAAGCAGCGAGUGUGAUGAUCGAUCGUGUUAGGGGAGAGUUUUUUUUUUAAUUAUUUCUGCUUACCCUAAUGGGGCUAAAAUUGUUUUUGAUUUAGCUGUCAUGUUAUAAAGGCUUUUGUAUUCUGUCACACAAGGGGGCCUCACUUAUAGACACUUCAUGUGUAUAAAAAAAGGCUUGAAAAACGGGCGCGCCAUCUCCCACGCUGGGAUGUUUCAAAGCGCGUCGACAUGUCUACUGGAAGUGAAGGCAAAGUAGUCAAAUGAACCCUAACGUAUUAUUAUCGCUUCUAAGACAAUUUAACUUUAUAUCAAAUUCUGGCCUGUUUAUUUAUCACUUUCUUGCAGCAGGAAGUCAGUGGUUGAACCCAGACACUCUAAUCAACUGCAGGUCUUUUUUUCUUUAUCAAUAAGCAGCUACAGCAUGUUUUUGGUAGGCGUGAUGUUUUUUGCUUUAGAAUCAUGUGACUUUCUCAUCACGCAGUGCUCACCGCUGCUGAUUAUCUCUUAUCACUCCAACCGGAAAUACUGACAAACAAAACGCUUACAGUCAUUUUUCCUUGUCUGACCCUUUGUUCACGUACAAAUAUAAGUGUCACGCUGGUCGAUGUGUGUAUUUACACAUUUGUCAUUAACUCAUGUUUGAUUAUGGGAGUUCACGGCGCAGGAUGACGAGGCUAGCGGCACGAUCGACUGCGUUAAGCUGAGGGUUUUUCUGAGUGCAUGCGGUCUUCCUCUGUGCACGGUUUUAUAACUGAGGCCCCUCUUGUUCUUCUGCUGCUUUAUUUUGAACCAUAGGCUGUCGAGAGUGCAACACUGCUUUCCUCUCGAGGAGAGUGUAAGAAUUAAAGACACUAGCAGGCGUAGUCACAUGAAACACAGGUGUACACAUUCUCCCCAAACACACACUGGUUUUGGGUUAUUGUGACAUGUAAAAUCUUUUUUUAUUGUACAGAUAGUUGGGGGAAAAUACAAUAAUGAAUUGAUUGUGCCAAUUGUUAUUUUGUUGUUUUUUUAUCUGUAAGAUAAAAUUAACAUGAUGAUUUAAAUUGAUAAGAGACGAGCUGUAGUUGUAAUUUAUUGUUUACUGAAUUGACUUCCUCAGACGCAUCGUUAAAGAUGGAGAACCAGUACGUAGUUAAACGCCAUCGGCAGUUUGCCCCUUUGUUCACACUAAAAAUCACACAAACUCUAAUUUUUAACUACCCGCGACUACACACGUGAAGCCAAACAUCAGAGCUUUGUGCUAUUUCUGACUGUACUGUAUCUCUUGCACCAUUAUCAAUGGGAUAUUUGCAAAAAAUACAUUUUGAUAUUUAGCGCAGAGAUUAUAUGUUUGGUCCAAUGGAUAAAAGAAAACCUUGUAACCAUGUUUUUAUUCCUUCACAGAUUUAAGAAAAUACCUUCUCUGUGUUAAUUGACUCAACUGGAAUAGCUCCAAUGGAUAUUUGUUAACAACCGACAUGUUUUUCUAGUGACAUGCUCAAUAUUUAAUGUGUUUUACGUACAGUUUGUUAACUUGUAUAACUUAAAAAUAAUUGUAACGUAAUGUUUUGAAGCCAAGCAUGUCUGCCUCGUGGUUUAUAAUGUUCAUUCACGUGGAGCCGAGGAUCUUUGAAGCCUUGGCACAUUGACCAUUGUUUGUACAUUCUUGACGUUUGUGGAAGCUACUAGCUCUUUUAAAAUGUUUCAGAAAAAAAAAAAUCAUUUUUUUUUGUAUGGGUAAAGCGUUAUCCAUUAUUUGUUGUUGGCAAUAACUUCUAUUUGAAUGUCCUCAGCAAUCAUUGCGAUGUAAUCAGCCAACAGAUCUAUCACGCUGUCUGCCUAUGACAAAGACAUUUUGUCUUUUUAUGUUUACUUUUGUUUUAAAACAUUCUUUAUUUGUCUAUGCAUUGUUUUCUCUCUCUCUCUAAAAGUCGUCUUACUGUACAUUUUACCUAUCAGGGUUGUUCUGCAGCCUUCGUUCAAGUUGUGGAUGAAUGUCUGUGUGUUUGAGUGUGUGUGAUGAUUGUUGAACUUGCAACCGGUUUUGAUUUUCAGCAUGCUGUUGAGUUUGACUAGGAUCGAUGUAUCUUUUUACUGUGAUGACCUGUCGUUGCCUAAUUGUCUUUUUUUCUUUUUUUUUUUUUGACUUUUUUUGUGUUGCUUUUGUAUUUUAUUUCCCUCUCAGUCGACAUUGAUUAGUUGGUUUUGUUUUGUAUGGCUGCUGACCAUGUCUUGACUUAAUGCUUCCAAAUCCUAUACCAACUGAACCAUUAAAGAUAUUUUAAACAGUGA